UUAGUCAUUCAAAGUUUUAAAUAACUUGUUUGUGUCAUUUUUACAUAACAUCGAGAGUUCAGUCGUUGUCAGUCUGCUGAGGUUAAGAAAUAUAGCCUACAAAUACAGGAGAUUAGAAAAUUAGAAAUAUAUCAAUAGCAGCAUGGGCUUUGCUGAUCUUCUGGAUGAAGUUGGCGGGUUUGGACGCUUUCAGAUGAUUCAUGUCGCUCUUCUGUCCAUCCCGGGCCUUCUGAUGGCUAGCCAGAAUUUACUCAAUAACUUCACUGCCGGUGUACCGGAGCAUCACUGUCGCAUCCCGAACAUCACGGCGGCGCUGAACGAGAGCACGGCGGCACUGCUUCGCGCGUUUAUCCCGCUGGAUUCAUCACGAACACCGUCCAAAUGCACCCGGUACACCGACGCUCAGUGGCACUUAAUCACAGACAAACCGAGUCACACAAAUGCCACUGAACUCCAGACAGAGGCUUGUGCUGAGGGCUGGACAUAUGACAAGACUGAAUUCAUCUCAUCUAUAGUGUCAGAAUGGGAUUUGGUUUGUACCCUCCGUUCACUCAAACAGAUGAGCCAGACCAUUUACAUGGGAGGAGUGCUGACAGGUGCCAUUAUAUUUGGAGGGCUAUCUGACAGGUUUGGGCGAAAGGCCAUGCUGAUUUGGUCGUAUUUUCAGCUCGCUGUCUUAGGCACGUUCACGGCUCUCUCACCGUCUUACGUGGCUUACUGCAUCUUCAGAUUCCUGACGGGAAUGUCUGUGUCUGGAGUCAUUCUCAAUGCCGUCUCACUCAAGGUGGAGUGGAUUCCGACUAAGGCUCGGACGCUGGUGGGCACCAUAUCGUCUUUCUUCUUCACGUUUGGUCAGAUGAUUCUAGCUGGAGUGGCGUACAGUCUGAAGGACUGGCGCAAAAUACACGUGGCCAUCGGUCUUCCUUUCUUUAUCUUUUUCUUCUACAGCUGGUGGUACUCUGAAUCUGCUCGCUGGCUGGUGCUGAACGGUCGCUCUGAGGAAGCACUGAAGCAUCUCCACCGCGUGGCUAAAAUCAACGGCAAGCCCGAGAUGACAGAGAAGAUCACUUUAGAGGUGCUGGAGUCACACAUGCAGAAAGAGGUGCAGUCCAGUAAGAGCAUUCAUACUGUGUUUGAUCUCCUAAAAACACCAACCAUGAGGAAGAUAUCCAUGUGCCUUAUGGUCGUCUGGCAGACCGGCAUGGGCUUUGCCUCCACGAUGGCCAGAAUCGGAUCCAUGGCCGCUCCUGCAGUCCUGAUCCUGGAGGAGAUCCUGCCGGCUCUGCCUAGCAUCAUAUACGGAGGAUCCGCUGUGCUCGCUGGUUUCAUAGCCUUUUUGCUUCCAGAAACCCUUGACAUUCCUCUGCCUGAUACCAUUGAGGAUGUGGAGGAGAAAGGCCGAAGUCUUAAAGAAGAGACGCAGAGUGAGUCGCUGGCCUUACGGGACAUCAAACAGAGUGAAGAGAACAAGUCCUCUGGGCUUCAUCCACUUUUGCAUGUGGCAAAGCGCACCAUCAUUGGAGACGGCAGCACACAUGGUGAUAUUACUGGCACUGCGACAGUGGCCCUCUGCCCAAUAAAUGUUCCUCCCACGUCUCCUAAUGUGGCCAUUUGA